AUCGAAAGCAAAGACACCAUACUCUCUUACCAUAUCUGAAACUCCUAGAUGGAGCGUAAUCUCGAGCUUCGAAAGUCUUCAUUGCUCAUGCGAAUCCCGAUCAUUCGACCUCCAGCAAGGCCAGAUGAGGCCACUCGAUGAGAUUUGCAUCAAGCAUCAGGGGCCUUCAAAAUCAUGACAUCACCUGCUUGGGCCAGAACACAGGUAGAGUCUCAUUCUUCAUAUAGCUGAAUAAUGUCAGGUGAAAGUUUCGGUCUUUGAUUCUGCUUAAUUUCUCGUCUUCUUCAUGCUCACCCCAACUCUUACUCGUACACUCCGCUUGCGUAGCAGUAUUGUUCGUACUAUUGUUAAAACACCACUUACUGCUCAACAAUCCAGUCAAAGACGAACAAUGGCAGACUUUAAACCCAAUGCAGAUAUUCCAAAGCAUGAAAUGGUUUACUUCCCACAGAUGACUACGGCUCUGCCUUCGUCGUCUGGUGAGUUCCGAAAGGUGCUGUUCACAGGUCUAUACUCUCAAGUAGUACUGAUGACUAUCCCUGUUGGUGGCGAUAUUGGCGAUGAAGUACAUACCGUGGACCAAGCUUUGACAUUCACGAGUGGCCAAGGAAAAGCUACAAUCAAUGGCAAGGAUCAGGAUGUCACGGCUGGCGAUUUGAUGGUGGUACCCGCUGGAACACAACAUCAAUUCGUUAACACGGGACCUACACCACUAGUCAGUGUUUUAUGACUCGAAUAUCAACUUCCACAGACGAAUUAUGCUGAUGAGAUUUGGUGCUAGAUCUUGUACACAAUAUAUUCCCCUGCAGAGCACAAGCCUACUACUGUACAUCACACAAAGGAGAUUGGCGAUAAAGAAGAGGAUGAAGGAAUUGACGAGGCACCAGAAUGGAGUCAGAAGAGUAAGAAGGAGAACGAG